CUGAACGGACAAGAUUGUGUGUGUGUUUUGUACUGACCGGUGCGCUGCAUCUCAUCAGCAAGCAGAAUUUAAUUUUUUCAUUGCGUUUUCGUCGGAACGUCAUUCGAGAGCAGUUGUGAAAAGUGCCCAGAAAUCAAGCAAAUUUUGUUUAAAAUAGCAUUAAAACUGCUGGAAAAGUUAGUUGCUGUGUUGUGUAAUUGAAUAAAAGUUGUCUCGUAGUCCAAAAUUAUCGGGAAGGUGCAAAAAAGCACAACGAUGGCGUCGUAUCAGAUUGCAAAUUUGCUCGAAAAGAUGACAUCCAAUGACAAGGAUUUCCGAUUUAUGGCGACGAAUGAUCUGAUGACGGAGCUCCAGAAAGACAGCAUCAAGUUAGAUGAUGAAUCGGAGAAAAAGGUCGUUCGGAUGGUACUGCGCUUGCUGGAGGACAAAAAUGGUGAGGUGCAGAAUUUGGCUGUCAAAUGUCUGGGACCAUUGGUAAAUAAAGUGAAGGAGAAUCAGGUGGAAACAAUAGUCGACUCACUGUGCGCUAAUAUGGUAUCGAACAACGAGCAGCUUCGUGAUAUUUCCAGCAUUGGUCUCAAGACGGUCAUCUCGGAACUACCGCAGUCUUCAAAUUCGCUUGUACCGAAUGUGUGCCAACGAAUCACCGGCAAGUUGAGUAACGCUAUCGAGAAGGAAGACGUCUCUGUUCAGUUAGAAGCGCUAGAUAUUCUAUCCGAUUUGCUGUCGCGUUUCGGUGAUUUAUUGGUUCCGUUCCAUGAGCUUAUUCUGAAGGCGCUUGUCCCCCAGCUGGGAUCGGCUCGUCAGGCAGUCCGCAAGCGUACGAUAGUGGCACUAUCGCAUCUCCUGACAACUUGUAACAAUAAUGCAUACAACAAGGUAAUCGAGCAUUUAUUGGACGGUUUAGAGAAACCUCAGAACCAGGGAAUGGUGCGAACUUACAUCCAAUGCUUGGCUGCUAUCUGCCGACAAGCGGGACAUCGUUUGUGUAACCAUAUCGAGCGGGUCAUGUUCUUGUUGAAUCAAUACAGCCACCGUGAUGACGAUGAGUUGCGUGAAUUUUGCCUACAGGCCUGUGAAGCAUUUGUGCAGCGGUGCCCGGAGGCGAUCCUACCGCAUAUCCCAUCAAUUGUUGAGCUCUGUCUGAAGUACAUUACGUAUGAUCCAAACUACAAUUAUGAGGCUGAUGAUGGGGAUGGUGGCGUAGCCAUGGAUAUGGAAGAUGAUGAAGAUAUCGAUAGCGAAGAGUAUAGUGAUGAUGACGACAUGAGUUGGAAGGUGCGUCGUUCGGCAGCCAAGUGUUUGGAGUCCGUCAUCUCAACAAGACAUGAGCUUUUGGAGGAUUUUUAUAAGACCCUGUCGCCUGCAUUGAUAGCUAGGUUUAAAGAACGCGAGGAGAAUGUUAAAUCGGACAUCUUUCACGCGUAUAUUGCCCUGUUGAAGUCAACUCGACCCAUUGGUGAUGACAUUGCUCAUGAUCCUGACUCGAUGGAACAAGUACCGAGCUCCAUAAGCAUGCUGCAGGAUCAAGUACCGAUAAUAGUAAAGGCAGUGCAACCGUUGAUGAGAGAAAAAUCUGUCAAGACUCGUCAGGAUUGUUUUCUGCUGCUACGUGAGUUAUUAAACGCUUUGCCCGGAGCUUUGUCCAAUCAUAUCGAUCAGUUAAUGAGUGGCAUCCAUUACUCGUUGAAUGAUAAAAAUUCGACAUCUAACAUGAAGAUUGAUGCACUUGGUUUCGUUCAUUGCAUGUUGGCAGGACACAACCCGCACGUUUUCCACCCACAUAUUAAGACAUUGGUUCCGUUAGUCGAAGCUGCUGUUUUCGAUGCAUUUUAUAAAAUCGCCACCGAAGCACUAAUGGUUUUGCAACAAUUGGUGAAAGUUAUUCGCCCGCUGAAUAUACAAACCAGUUUUGAUUUCACCCCCUACGUCCAGCCAUUAUAUUCAAGUACCUUGCAGAGGCUCCGAUCUCCCGAAGUUGACCAAGAAGUCAAAGAGCGUGCCAUUGCCUGCAUGGGUCAAAUUAUCGCCAACAUGGGUGAUGUUUUGCAGCAAGAACUGAACACCUGUUUACCGUUGUUCAUGGAACGACUGCGCAACGAAGUGACUCGACUGAGUUCGGUCAAAGCCCUAACUAUGAUAGCAGCUUCUCCACUGCGGGUGAAUCUUAGUCCCAUAAUUGCAGAAGUAGUUCCAGUGUUGGGAUCGUUUCUACGCAAAAAUCAACGUGCCCUUAAACUCAAUUCACUAACUUUAUUGGACACAUUGGUUACUCACUAUAAUCACUUUAUCGAUCCGACAUUGCUACGUAACGCCGUCUCUGAAGUGCCACCAUUGCUGUGUGAAGCUGAUCUUCACGUUGCCCAGCUUUCGCUUGUUCUACUCACAUCCGUAGCCCGCCAGCAGCCACAGGCACUGGUUGGAGUCCACGAGCAGAUUCUACCAGAAGUUAUGAUUCUGGUUCGAUCUCCGCUGCUGCAAGGAACAGCUCUUAACUGCACGUUGAAUUUGUUCCAGGCCUUGGUACAGGCAAACUUACCCGGUCUCAGCUAUCGUCAUUUGCUAAAUAUGUUGAUGCAUCCUGUGUACAGCCAACAGCAAGGGCAAACUCUCCACAAGCAAGCGUAUCAUUCGCUGGCUAAAUGUGUUGCCGCCCUGACGCUACAGGUACCGAAUGAAGCAGUCACCGUGGCCCGCGAGUUUCUUCGAGAAAUUCAAAAUAGACGCAGCGAUGCUCAUUUAGUUUUUUAUCUUUUAACCAUUGGGGAAAUUGGAAGGCACUUUAAUCUCAACGCAAUCGACUCACUUGCACAGAUUAUACUGAACUGCUUUUCAGCGUCUUCGGAGGAUGUGAAAGGAGCAGCAUCACAUGCUUUGGGAGCGAUUGCCGUAGGAAACUUGAGUCACUAUCUGCCCUUCAUCCUGAAUGAAAUAGAAGCCCAACCGAAGCGGCAAUACCUGUUACUCCAUUCACUCAAGGAAGUUAUCACGUCGUUAUCAACUACCAAACAAGGCUUGGAACAACUUCUCCCGUCGGUACCAUCCAUCUGGGAGCAGCUGUUCAAACACUGCGAAUGCUCCGAGGAAGGCUCGCGCAAUGUGGUAGCUGAAUGUCUGGGUAAACUGGUGCUUGUUAAUCCCGAAGAAUUACUGCCUCAAUUGCAGCUGGCACUACGAAGCGAUAGCCAUCUGAUGCGUACGGCUGUUGUUUCGGCAAUCAAAUUUACCAUCUCCGAUCAACCGCAAUCGAUUGAUCCAUUGCUACGACAGUGUAUCGGACAGUUUCUUUUCGCUUUGCAAGAUCCUGAGCCAGCUGUACGUCGAGUAGCGCUUGUGGCAUUUAAUUCGGCUGUACAUAACAAGCCAAGUUUGGUUCGUGAAUUACUUCCAGAGCUGUUGCCUCAGUUGUAUUCUGAGACGAAGGUGAAAAAGGAUCUUAUUCGAGAAGUGGAGAUGGGUCCAUUCAAGCAUACCGUGGAUGAUGGCUUGGAUAUUCGGAAGGCCGCAUUUGAGUGCAUGUAUACAUUACUAGAACAAGGUCUUGACAGGGUGGACAUUAUGCAAUUUUUGGAACAUGUGCAAGCAGGUUUGAAAGACCACUACGACAUCAAAAUGUUGACCUACCUGAUGACCGCUCGACUAGCCGUCCUUUGUCCCUCUGCAGUGCUUCAAAAGCUUGACCAAUUUGUAGAUCCACUGCGAGCUACUUGCACAUUAAAGGUGAAGGCCAACUCAGUCAAACAGGAAUAUGAGAAACAAGAUGAAUUAAAACGAUCCGCUCUUCGGGCCGUAGCCGCACUUCUACAGAUCCCCAAAGCAGAUAAAAAUCAACACUUAGCUGAAUUUUUGUCGCUGAUUCGCAGUUCUUCGGAGCUACAGCCAUUGUUUGAAUCAGUGCAGAAAGAUUCAUCCGUGCUGAGCAACAACAAUGCGGAUAGUCUAACGAUGGACCAGAGCUAGGUGGAACGCAGUUGCGGAGUGGUUGUUUCGAGUUAUUGGUUCAAAAAACGCAAAGUAUGGUAGAUGCUGCUCAUUGAGAUUACUGUCGACUCGGGUGUGUAGCAGUUUUCUCCUCGACUUUUUUCGUUCAUGUCAAUGGUGUGGUACAUGCGAGUCGUUAAACAACUAUAUUUAAUCAGAUGAAUUGCGAAUGAAGGAUUCGAUAUAAAAAGAGAGACCGAAUUUCUAUGGAAAAACACGUCUCAACAUUACAUUUACCGAAUGCAUUUAGUAUAGGUGGAAGAAUUUUUGUAGGGCGUUGUUUAAAAUAAUCGAUCGAAUCUUCUUCAAAAGCGAUAAAAUUGAACAAAUUGCGAUAUAUCAAUUGCUAUUAGACAACCUGAUGCACAUUAACAGAAUUUUAUUUGUCGUUGAUACAUAACUAUUCGCCAUGAAAGGCGUAAAUAGUGUUUUGCAAAACAAUCUCCACCUUUUAGUUUCAAAAUUCAGCGUUCAUGUAAUAAUAAAUCGACUACAGAUUACUGUUAAAAGUAACCAGUGAAUAAAAACCAGAUUAAUACUGGCUUGUGGCGUUUA